AUGCCCCUCCUGCCCCGACGCCUCGCCGUCGCCGUCGCCGUCGCCGUCGCCGUCGCGGCCCCCCUCCGCCGCCCCCUCUGCACGGCGGCCCCACGCCCUCCCUGGGCCAUGGUGAACAGCCAGGCGGCGCUGGACGCGUCAGGGGCGCCGUCGCAGAGCGCGCGCGCGCUCGUCGACCUCAACACCACCCCGUGCGUCUCCCACCUCUCCGUCCCCGCUCGCCUCGUCGCCCCCCACGGCGACGACAUGGGCUCCCUCGUGGGCAUCGUCCGCGGCGCCAGCAGCGACGGCCUUCUCCUCCUCGACUUCAUCGACGCCCGCCACCGCCCCUUGUGGCCACACGAAUUCGCCGCGGCCCGCGGCGGCGUGGAACCGGAGGGCAAGCUCUUCGUCUGCAACCCUCUCAGCGGCCAGCUGGUCCGCCUCCCGGCCCCGGGCAUGGAUGUCCCCAAAAUGGGAAGUACCUCUUUCGGCCUGCUCACCCAAUCUCAAGGCUCACACGGCCCGCCGGAUAGGUACGUGGUCGCUCAGCUCAGUAAAAUCAGCCGCGGGGGAGGGGAGUGGCGCAGGGUCGUUCGCCGGUUUCUGUCCGAGACAGGGGAGUGGGACGAGCGGCCGCUGGUCGGGGAGUUAGAGAUGGAUCCUGGGCGGAGCAUGAUGAUCAACCAUGAGGUGCUGGCGUUCGGCGACCGGCUAUGGUGGCUGGACGUGGCCUGGGGUGCCUGCUCCGUCGACCCCUUCAGCGACCGGCCGGAGCGCCGCUUCGCCGAGCUGCCGCGCUCCAGCGUGCAGCCUGUUUCUGAUUCCCCGACGCUGAGCAGGUACCGGCGCAUGGGGGUCAGCGAGGGGAAGCUGCGCUACGUCCAAGUGUCCCAUGGACCGAAGCACGACAAGUGGUGCGUGAUCCUUUCGUUUUCGCUGGAUGACGAGACCUACAGCUGGGCGCUGGAUCACGGAGUUGAAAUUACAGAUCGGCACGACCCUUGCUAUGUUCAAAUUGCUGCCAUAGAUCCAUUCAAUGCCGACCUUGUGUACCUCCAACAUGGUAGCGCUGUUAUUGCCAUGGACCUGGCUAAGGGGAAGGAGAUUUGGAGGGGUUACCUGGCUAAGGAAUUCGUCUUUCAGAAGUUGCUCCACUGUAGUCUUCUUGUACCGUGCGUGCUCCCAACAUGGCUUGCCACAAGCAAUAUCCCUUCUGCAGGAACCCUUUCAAGCAACAAGGCCGAUUGCAAAAGGAAGACUUUGGCAGACAUGCUGGUUCGCGUAGACAAAUGCUAGACAAACUGAAACGUGACAACUAACUCAUCUCCGAUUCCUUAAAUUUGACCAACAACAGAGUUGAGGGUGGUAUCUGUGAGACAAGAGCUCUUAUUUUAGGGAAAUUCUGUGACAAUUUUGGGCUUGUUCUUCCGGCUGAUGCAAUUCUUUUUGAAAGGACAGAUGUUCUUACAUAUUUCGGAGAAUUGUAGCUGCAAGAGACCAUGCUUAUGUUCUUUGUAAAAAUGUUAUUGCCCAAAGUGUUUUUUGUUCUGACUUGUUUUGCUUUGUAUUCAACAAAUUUGGGAUAUGCUUGAUUGGAUAUUUGCAUGCUGAUGAUGGGAAACU